UAGCAUGGAGCGGGAUACACACGCUUUAUACAAUACCUUGGGUGUGCGAAAAGAUGCUACUGAAGAAGAGAUUAAAAAGUCAUACCGGCGUUUAGCGCUAAGAUAUCAUCCAGAUAAAAAUCCAAAUGCAGCCGAUCAGUUCAAGGCUAUUACUCACGCAUAUGAAAUAUUAAGUGACCCCAAAAAACGCUCAGUAUAUGAUAAAUAUGGAGAAAUGGGCGUUAGCAUGCUGGAUUCGAUGGCCGGUUUCCUGGUGGAUCCAGACAUCGAAGGACCUUUAUGUUUGGCUUUCACUAUUAUCUCGCUAUUAGUCAUCCUCUUAAUCCUGUUCUUCACCUUCCUGUCAAUACGAAUAGAUGGAUCGGUAUCAUGGAGCUUUGGUAUCGUGUUCAUACCCUUAUGGAUAGUUGACUUCUUACUAUUUUUUGUGUUAGUUAUACAAGUAAGAAAGAGCUCUUCGGAGGAAAGUGAAAUUGAUGAUGAUUUCGAAGAUUCAUAUCAUGGAGAUCCAGAGGCUAGAGAGCAAGCAAGAGAUGAAAGACGAAAACAGCAAAAGAGGAUUAUUCAGUCAAGGAAUAUGUUGGCCUUUGUUUACUUGCUAUUAAUAUUCGCGUUUCAAGUAUUUAUAGUAAUUCGAGCUGAUGGUAUAAUACAAUGGAGUGCCGCUAUUGUGUUUACGCCUUAUUUUAUUGUUGAAUUACUUAACAUAUAUCCAAACGUUGAAGAAUAUAUCGUUAUGAUAAGUUCUGCUAGGGUAUAUGAUACCGAUGGCAUGCCUUCUAGGAGAGCCAAGAUCAGGUUAUUUGUAGAGACUUUCUGGUGGCUUUUAAUCCGAGUAGCACUUGCCAUAUUGAUUGUUCUAAGGAUUGACCAAGUUAUUACCUGCAGUUGGGGUAUUGUUUUUAUUCCGUUAUACCUUAUUGGGCUUCGAUACGCUCUUUCGAUUUUUAUUCUGUGGAAUAAUUUAAGGAAACAUGAACCUUUACAAGAGAGAGGGAUGAUGGGCGUUGUGACUCGGGUUAUUGCAUUUGUUGUUGCAGGAGCUUUAUUCUAUACCGUGGUGGGAUUAUUGGCGAGCAGACUGGACGGUCAUACGGGCAUAAAAUUGUCAUCAAUUUUCAUUCCCGUAUUUAUUAUCUUAUCAUUUUCCCUUUGCUGUACAGGUUGCUGUAUGCCGUGUGCUCUCUUAAACUGGAGUGCAGGAGAUGACAUGGAAGGUGGCUCAGAAACUUCAUUAAUAUCACCUGAUAAACGAAUCACUUAUCCCGUAACCGCUGGUCCCAGCGAUCAUUCAUCUGCAAGUGGAAGCAAUGAACCUAAUAACAUAUGA